GACCACCACCGCUGCUGCUUUCUUGCUGCAGACAUGGUGCAAAGUCACGGGGCUGGGCGCGGCUUAUGAAAGGAGCCCGGUCUGGAGCCAUGAACUCAACCUGCAGGAGCCUCCAGACCUCUUUUUUUUAUUAUUUCCCUUUUCGCUUUCUGGGAGUAGCCUUGCUGUUGAUUUGUCUUUUUCCCCCUCAUCCCGUGGAAUAAUUGUACUGAAGCGUGGCUGGGUAACGGCUCAAUUGGUUCAAGAUGGACGACUACAUGUUCCGCGAACAUGUCAGCAAGUGCCGCCAAGUCUCGGAGGCAACGCACUAUGUCGAGAUUCUCAACUACUCGGACCCUUUUUACAAUUCGUGCGAGGAGCAUCCCUUGACCAUGGAUGAGUUUGAUAAUUUCUUGCAUCGCCGGGGCGCUUUUGAGCCACCGAAGCUGAAGGAGGGCGUCAAAUUGCUCAAUGGCAUUCGAUUGGUACUUCAAAAAAAUGCCAAGCACAAGGACACAUUUACGCCUCACACCAUCUCCUUCACUGCGGAUGCAUACCAAUCCAUGGUCCGGGCUAUGCGACUGCCCUUUAGAGCCAUCGAGGGCACCAGCGUCGUCGGCCCCUUUUUCUGGUGCGCCUACGACCAGGACGAUGAGGAUCCCACUUUGCAAAUCAUUUUCCGCAAGUCCGACGUCCGGAAAAAGGGCAAGACGCGCGGGUGGGAGCUCAUGCUCUCCCACUGCUUCAGCAGUGGCAUCACGUCGGGCUACGUCAAAGGCACCCCGAGCUCCGACAUUGUCGCCGCCAUCCAGCACCUCACCUUUUGCGCCCAGCAGGCCGGCCACCCGAUGCUCCUCCCCAUCAUCAUCCUUUCGCACGACCUGUCGUCGACGACGGAUCAGAAGCAGCGCGACGCGCGCGACUGGCUGCGCAAGCUGGAGCACGCCGUCAGCAUGCGCAACGAGAUCGAGGACGAGGAGGGGUACGUCAGCCAGGACGGGCACCUCGAGGUCGACGCCAUCAGCCGCGAUCUCGUCGAGUGCCAUAGCCAGGUUCUCUGGAAGCGGCCGCAGGCGUACCAGGCCAUCGUCAAGGAGAUUGACGCCGGGCUGGUCAAGUUCAAGGAGAAGGUGCCCAAGGAGCACGAUACGCCGCUGAUUGAUAAGCUCCACCGGAGCAUGGUGGCGCGGUUACAGUUUUACAGCUUGAAGUUGACGGGAAUUGAGAAUUAUCAGGCGACGACGUUGGAGAGGUUGCAUAUUCAGCGUAGUGCGCUGUAUAACCUGCUUUCCCAACGAGAGUCCAAGAUUCAGUUCCAGAUGGCCGGUGAGCAACGACGACUUGCGCACGCGAGUAAGCGAGACAGCACGGCGAUGAAGACGAUUUCCCUACUCGGUGCCGUUUUCCUUCCCGGCACUUUUCUGGCGUCUGUUUUCAGCAUGACGUUUUUCGACUUUGCCAAAGACGCCGACCCCGUCAUCUCCAAGGAGUUGUGGGUGUACUUCGCCAUCACUGUGCCCCUGACGAUUCUCAUCGUCGGCGGGUGGAUCGUAUUUGACAGGCGGCGCGAGAGCCAGUUCCGCGUUGAGGACGCCGAUCUAGAGAGGAAUAUCGAACAUAUGGAGGCGGAUAUCAUGGCCAUGAUGAGGAAGCGGACGAUGAGCAAAGCGAAUACCUGGACUUCGGUCACGUCGCCCAUACGGCCAUGAUGGGCGCUGAGCAUGUCUCGUUGUGGCAAUGUGAGAAAGGGGAUUUGUGAGAGAAACGACUUUAACAUUCUGAAGAGGUAAGUAUAUAGACG